CGCGCCUCGAAGCUGCACGCCACACGAUUCUACCACGCGGGACGUCAGGUCGUUCUCUCGACCGCGUAGAAAGCAUUUCCCCCCGUAAUAUUCAUGUAACUAUAUUUAUUUCAACACCACAGUUUUUAUUCCGAGUGAGUUUUGUUGCGCCGUGACGUGCAGCGUGUUGAGCGGGAGGUCACAGCGAGUCAGUGCAGCUCCGUCCGCACCGCACCAGGCCGAGCUGAGGCCGAGCUGAGACCGAGGAGCAACGGCCCUGCUCCGCAUCACUGAGCUCCGGAGGGACCCGGACGGUGAACGGUGUGUACCCAUUAUGGACAGUAUGCUAGAGAAUCUCUCAAAAUCUGAGUUUAUCAGCAUUUGUGUUCGAGAUCCAAGGCUCCAAAAAGACGACCUCUGGCACAAGCAUGCAGACUACGAGAUCUGUUUAGAUACCAAUAGCAUGUGUUUUCGAAAGAAGACCUCCUGUGUGAGACGGCGUUACAGUGAAUUUGUUUGGCUGCGUCAUUGCCUGGAGCAGAAUGCUCUGAUCAUAGAAUUACCCAAGUUGCCACCGUGGAACCCUUUCUUCAGUCUGAAGAACACGGAACAGGUGUCGCAGAGAAUGAAGGGCCUAAAAGAGUUUUUGGAAAACGUUCUUCACACACCAUUGUUGUUGUCAGACAGUCGGCUCCAUCUGUUCCUCCAGUCGGACCUCAGGAUCACAAAGAUCGAAAGGUGUGCCGUUGGUAAGACUAGGUACACGGUGGCCGAAGCCAUACAGAGUUCCAACAGGCAUUAUGUUGGUAGAGUAUUGGAGAAGGGCUCCUUUGACUCCGACUGCGAAAGCUCUUCAUCGUCAGGUCUGGGACGAAGUGUGGACACUUUAACAAGAUGUAGCCCAGUCCCCAUAUUCGGGCCCUAUUAGAGACCCAGAGCUUUUUAUGACUGAAUCCGUGUGGUGGCCAUUCUGAAAAUCAGCAGGUGCCCUGCAGUUGUUCUUUCUUCUUUGGACGUACACAUCAAUCUACAAACCUGUUUGUGACUCUCUGAAGUUCUCCCUAUGUCGACUUACAAAGAGCAAAAAAACUUUUACUUUUGUUGACUGCAUGAAUCCCCCUAUAAGUUUGUUUUA